CAUCUGAUUUGUAUCUCUCUCUGUAAUCAAACAUGGAUUUUGGGCUAAAAGUGGUUGUUUUCAUUAUGCUGGCUUUUGUUUCAACCAUAUCAUCAGUACUUCCUGUCACUGGUGGUAGCCAUUGGCGGUGGUAUAAGAAGAAGGGAUUGAGUUCCCUAGGAAAUAAUGAUGAUCAUCUCGUUGCCAACUUGCCUGGCCAACCGCCUGUUGAUUUCCGACAUUAUGCUGGCUAUGUCACUGUGAAUGAAAAAAAUGGAAGAGCACUUUUUUAUUGGUUCUAUGAAGCUAUGUCUCAGCCUGAUGAAAAACCAUUGGUGCUGUGGCUUAAUGGAGGUCCUGGGUGCUCUUCUGUGGGAUAUGGUGCGACUCAAGAGAUUGGUCCUUUCAUAGUGGACACUGAUGGCCGUGGAAUUAAAUUUAAUAACUUCUCAUGGAAUAAAGAAGCCAAUAUGUUAUUCCUAGAAUCUCCAAUUGGUGUUGGAUUUUCAUACUCAAAUACUUCUACUGAUUACAAAAAUAUAGGAGAUGAGUUCACCGCAAACGAUGCUUACACUUUCCUGCAUAAGUGGUUCGUGAUGUUUCCGUCGUAUAGAACACGAUCCUUUUACAUAGCUGGGGAAAGCUAUGCGGGCAAAUAUGUGCCAGAGCUGGCUGAUCUCAUUUAUGACAACAACAAGGAUCCUUCACUUUAUAUUGAGCUUAAGGGUAUUUUGUUAGGUAAUCCAGAAACAAAUGAUGCUGAAGACUGGAGAGGCAUGGUGGAUUAUGCUUGGAGUCAUGCUAUAGUAUCUGAUGAAACUUACAAAAUCAUCAUUGAGAGCUGUGAUUUUAAGAGCAAUGAUACAUGGAGCAGUGAAAUUUGUAGUCAAGGUGUGGCUGAAGUACUCAAACAAUAUCACGAGAUCGAUAUUUAUAGCUUAUACACUCCGGUAUGUAUCAGAGACACCGCAGCUUCCGAUGACCGAUCGAUGCCGCAAGUCAUGAUGAAACGAACAUCCAAUAUGAUACCAAGGAUUAUGGGUGGCUUUGAUCCUUGCCUUGAUGAUUAUGCAAAAGCUUUCUACAAUAGACUCGAUGUUCAAAAAGCUCUUCAUGUUAGUGAUGGUCACCACCUCAAGAACUGGAGCAUCUGCAACAUGACUAUAUAUUAUAAUUGGACAGAUUCAAAACCAUCAGUGCUUCCCAUAUACAAAAAACUUAUUGCCGCUGGAGUUAGAAUUUGGGUCUAUAGUGGAGACACAGAUGGAAGAGUUCCUGUUUUGUCCACCAGAUACAGCAUAAGUACAUUGGGGUUGCCCAUAACUAAGACAUGGAGACCAUGGUAUCAUGAAAAACAGGUGAGUGGGUGGUUCCAAGAAUACAAAGGACUAACAUUUGCAACAUUCAGAGGAGCUGGGCAUGCAGUGCCUUGCUUCAAACCAAGCAGUUCACUGGCUUUUUUCUCAUCUUUUCUCCUUGGGGAAACCCCACCUUCCUCUAGAUAAAGUUUUUUUUGAGGAUUUUGGUCUUAGUAUUGAUGUACUAUAUAUAUAUAUAUAUAUAUAUAUAUAUGAGCAGUGGUGCAUGGGAGAUGAGUUAAAACCCUAAACUACUAUUGAGAAUAUAAUAAGGCAAAAUCAAUAGGAAUGCCUUCAGUUGUAAGGCAAUGCUCCUUUUUUGUAGCAGAAUAAUUAAUAAUAAAGUGU